AUGCAUCAACCUACUGAUAUUCAUUGGAAAGCCUUCAAGCGUAUUCUACGUUAUGUUCUUGGCACUUCUCAUGAUGGCCUUGUUUUUCGUCCUGGUGACUCUUCUGUGAUUGCUUUCUCUGAUGCCGACUAUGCUGGUAAUCCCGAUGAUUGUCGCUCUACAAGGGGAUAUUGUAUUUUCUUUGGCUCCAACCUUGUCUCAUGGAGCUCCAAGAAGCAGCCCACCGUUUCCCACUCUAGUACCGAAUCUGAGUAUCGUCAAUUGGCUCUCAAUGCUAUGGAACUCUCAUGGAUUCAACAACUCUUACAAGAAUUACAUGUCUCUUUGCCCUCACCUCCUUUGCUUUGGUGUGACAACACAAGCUCUAUUGCUCUUGCUUCUAAUCCGAUCUUUCAUGCACGCACCAAACACAUUGCUGUGGAUUAUCAUUAUGUCUGUGAACUUGUCCUUGUUGGCUCCUUGCAUGUUCGUUAUGUCUCCACCCAUACUCAGCUGGCUGACAUUUUUACCAAGGGUCUCCCGCUUCCUCGGUUUGCCUUUCUCAAAUCCAAGCUGUUGCGCUCUUCGCACAUCAGCUUGCAGGGGGAUAAUAGAGAUGGUGAUAAAUCUGCACACAAUCAGGCACUCCAAUAUCUGUGA